UUUGUCAAGGGCGGUUUAAUGGAGUGGGGAUGGUUUAUGAAGAACUUCCGUUAGUGUGCGAGUAAAUGCGAGCAAGCGGUGGCGAGACAUUGAGCUUGACGAAGCUGUUAGUUGUGUUUAGUGGUGGUAGUGGUGCUAUUGAAAAACACGAUGAAAAUGGCGUGGCAACCACAGGAAGAAGGACUCAGACAAAUUUUGACGCUACUUCGUGAGUCGCAAAGCCCCGAUACCGCAACUCAACGUGCUGUACAAGAAAAAUUAGAAGAAUUAAACAAGUUUCCAGAUUUUAACAAUUAUCUUAUCUUUGUAUUAACUAAGCUUACAUCCGAAGCGGAUGUACCGACAAGGUCUCUUAGUGGACUAAUUUUAAAAAAUAAUGUAAGGACUCAUUAUCAUAAAUUUCUACCAGAAGUUACAAAUUUUAUUAAACAAGAAUGCCUCUCAGCCGUUGGAGAUCCGGAUCCUAUGAUUCGAGCUACUGUAGGAAUUUUAAUAACAACUAUUGCAUCAAAAGGUGAAUUAACUGCUUGGCCAGAAUUAUUGCCAGCAUUAUGUCAAAUGUUAGAUUCACAGGAUGACAACGUUUGUGAAGGAGCAUUUGGUGCUUUGCAAAAAAUUUGUGAAGAUUCAGCUGAACUUUUAGAUUCAGAUACUUUAAACCGACCUUUAAAUGUUUUUAUUCCAAAAUUUUUGCAUUUUUUCUAUCACUCAAGCCCCAAAAUACGAUCUCAUGCUCUAGCAUGCGUUAAUCAAUUUAUUAUCAAUCGUCCUCAAGCUCUUAUGCUACAUAUAGAUGCUUUCAUUGAAAAUUUAUUUCAUCUAGCUUGUGAUAAUGAUUGUGGUGUACGGAAAAAUGUCUGUAGAGCGCUUGUUAUGCUACUGGAAGUUCAGAUUGAACGACUUAUUCCUCAUAUGUCUAGCAUCAUCGAAUAUAUGUUGCUAAGAACACAAGAUCCAAAUGCAGCUGUGGCUUUAGAAGCUUGUGAAUUUUGGUUAUCGUUAGCUGAACAAAAUAUAUGUCGUCAAGCAUUGGGUCCACAUUUAGCAAGAUUAGUUCCAAUUCUAAUAGGUGGUAUGACGUAUAGUGACAUAGACAUUAUAUUAUUGAAAGCAAAUGUUGAAGAAGAUGAAAUGAUUCCGGAUCGUGAAGAAGACAUACGACCACGAUUUCACAAAACUAAAACCCACGGUGUUCAUCCUAGCAUGAAUAAACAUUCAGAAGAAAAUGGUGGUUGUGAUUCAGAUGGUGAAGAUGCUGGUGAUGAUGAUUCAACUUUGAGCGAUUGGAAUUUGAGAAAAUGCUCUGCAGCAGCUUUAGACAUGUUAGCUGGUGUCUUCAGAAACGAUUUAUUACCUGUAUUAGUACCAAUUCUGAAAGAGACAUUGUUCCACGAAUUUUGGUUAGUUAAAGAGUCUGGUAUACUUGCUUUAGGAGCAAUAGCAGAAGGUUGUAUGGAAGGUAUGAUUCCACAUUUGAGUGAACUUAUUCCGUAUUUAAUUAGUUGUUUAAGUGACAAAAAAGCGUUAGUACGUGCCAUAACGUGUUGGACGUUGAGUAGAUAUUCUCAUUGGGUAUGUGCACAACCACAUGAUACUUACUUGAAACCUUUAAUGACGGAAUUAUUAAAACGAGUAUUAGAUGGCAAUAAAAGAGUACAAGAAGCCGCUUGCUCGGCAUUUGCCACAUUAGAAGAAGAAGCCUGUACUGAAUUAGUUCCUUAUCUUGGAUUUAUUUUAGAAACUCUUGUUUUUGCUUUCGGUAAAUAUCAACAUAAAAAUUUACUAAUUUUAUAUGAUGCUAUUGGAACCUUAGCAGAAUCAGUUGGACAUCAUUUAAAUAAGCCUGAUUAUAUUAACAUUCUUAUGCCUCCGUUAAUAAAUAAGUGGAAUGUCUUAAAGGAUGAAGAUAAAGAUCUUUUUCCACUUCUCGAAUGUUUAUCUUCCAUUGCUACAGCCCUUCAAUCAGGAUUUUUACCUUAUUGUGAACCUGUUUAUAGGCGAUGUGUAUCAUUAGUUGAACAGACGUUAAAUCAGCAUAUUGCAAGUUCUCAAAAUCCAGAUCAGUUUGAAGCUCCGGAUAAAGAUUUUAUGAUUGUUGCUUUAGACUUAUUAAGUGGGUUAGCUGAAGGAUUAGAUGGUCAUAUUGAACGCCUUGUGGUGAAUAGUAAUAUUAUGCAAUUACUUUAUCAAUGUAUGCAAGAUCCAACACCAGAAGUUAGACAAAGCAGUUUUGCAUUGCUUGGAGAUUUGACGAAAGCUUGUUUCCAACAUGUACUUCCGUGUAUACCGGACUUUAUGCCGAUUUUAGGCGAAAACUUGAAUCCUUCUUUUAUAUCUGUAUGUAAUAAUGCUUCAUGGGCAAUCGGUGAAAUAGCAAUAAAAUUAGGACCUGAUACAAGUGCAUAUAUACCCCUGAUAAUAACACAACUUAUUGACAUUAUUAACCGGCCAAAUACUCCAAAAACGUUGUUGGAAAAUACUGCCAUUACGAUCGGUCGCCUCGGUUAUGUGUGUCCCCAAGACGUCGCCCCCAUGUUACAGCAGUUUGUCCAACAGUGGUGUUCAUCGUUAAGAAAUAUCCGUGAUAAUGAAGAGAAAGAUUCGGCAUUCAGAGGUAUGUGCCAAAUGAUAACUAUCAAUCCAGCUGGUGUUGUUCAAGACUUUGUAUAUUUUUGCGAUGCUGUGGCAUCCUGGGUUACACCACGAGAAGACUUGAAAGACAUGUUUCAAAAGAUUUUACACGGAUUUAAAAAUCAAGUUGGCGCUGAAAAUUGGAAGCGAUUCUCUGAUCAAUUUCCUGUACAACUUCGCGAACGACUUCAAAAUAUGUAUGGUGUCUGAACGAUUGCAUCAACAUUUAGCGGCCACUUAUUAGUCAAGGCCGACUGGGGACGGGUGGCGACGAUGACGGUACCGACAUCAAUGUUGGCAACGUCGACGGGAUAUUAUGAAAAAAUGGGUGAGCAGGGUGGGUGGGUGAAACCACGGCCUCUAUUUAUUAUUAAUAUAAUCAUCAUCGAAUUGAUGAUGUUCAUAAUCAAAUGGUGAUUAAUAAUAAAUCAACGUUUCGCACCAUUGUUAAAGUCCUAAAAGACCAACGUAAGUUGCAAGUGCUUUGUAUUACAACAUCUUAAUGGAUGAUACAGAAAUCAAUGGGGGUGAUUAAUAAAUAACGUGUGAGAAGAACUUAAAAAACAAUUCUUAAAUAAAUGGCCGAAUUAAGGGGUGGGAUAUAGGGUGGAACGGGCGUAAAAACGAAAAUAGUUAUGGGGAAUCUUUAUCGACGACUCUAGUAUUUAAAGGUAUCAAUAAAUCAUAUUAAAAUCUUUAUAUUAAUCCGAUACCUUAUGCUGAUACACGGUAAAUUCUAUUUUUUGAUUAGCAUUGCAACACCUUCCAAGUGCUUGUACUUUCGAGUUACAAUGCCAAUUAUAAAACUCAAAGGAAUUCAAAUGAUAAAAAAAACAUUGAUUGACGUUUUUGAGAGAUAAACUAAUAUGAGUCGUUAUAAAGCAUAGAUAUCACGUUGUAGUGUUCAAUUAAAACUAAACAGUUAAAAAGAGAGUAAACAAUAGUUAAAUGAAUGAAUGAAUGAUAAACUGAUUAAUUGAUGAUGAUGAUGAUGAUGAUAAUAAUAAUAAUAUGAAUAAAUAAUAUUAAUUAUAAUAAUAUUUAUAAUCGUAGAGUGAUUUUAUUAAAUUUUUUCUAUUCUCUACCAAAACUUUAUUCAAAAUGAAUCAAGUACAAUACAUGUAUUUGUUACUAAUUAAAAUAAUGGUAAUAAUAAUAAAUAUUAUUAUUAUUGUUGUUGUUGUUAUUUUUAUUAUAAUAAUAAAAGUAAAUUUUUAUCUUUUAUGACACAAGAUAAAAUAUAGAUUGUUCAGUCAACGAGAAAUUUUUUUUUUUAAUUACAAAAAAAAAGAAAAAAAAAAAAAAAGAAAAAGAAAAUAUUUUUGCACUAAUAGAUUGGACGAGUCCGUGUACAGUGCCAUUCCGUUCAUAAAUUAAAACUCCACGCAUGUAUUGUGAUACUAGGUUAAUUUAAUAUUAUGUAUAUGUAAUUACGUAUGAAAAUCAAUCAUUAAUUUUAUGAAAAAAAAAUUGAUUUUUUAUUAUCAAAUUUAGCUCACUAAUAAUAAAUUUCAAUAUAAAUAUAUACUUCACAAUUAUUGUUACUUUCACACAAAUCAAUUAGUACUUUUGUAUUUUAAUUUUGAGCAUAUAAUGUGAUAUCUAUGGUAUACAAUUUAUUUACUUAUGUAACGACUUAUAAUAACACAGAUUUGACUCAAAAAUACUAUCAUUUUGUAAAACGUGUGUAAUAAAACAAUAUGACAUACGUGAUUCAAAAAUAUGAUGAUGAGACAUACUUAUUGUUAGAUCAUUUAUUUUAUUUAUCAUUCUUUUGUUAUAUAUAAAUUUUCAAGCUCAAUUAUAGUAUAUCCAAAAUGAAUAUCAUUGAAUUUCUGUAAUUAAGUAGCAUUUGAGAAAGAAAAAAUAUUAUUAAAGUAAAUAUAUUAAUUAAAUAAUAGAAAAAAUUGAUUUAAAUAAAUAAAAACAAAAAAAUUUUCUUUGAAAUGGAUACACUUAUAGUAUUUCUUAUAAAAUAAUGAAAAUAAUAAUAAUAAUAAUUUUCGAUGUGUACUGAGGAGAUUAAUUACUUACGAAAACAUAUUUAUAUAUAUAUAUUAUCAUUAUAAUGCUGCUUGAAAGAAAUGAUGUUUAAAAUCUUGAAUUGUUAUUGACAGUUCUUGACUUAAUUCACUUUCAUUGUCGGAUAUAAAAUUAUAUAUUAUUAUUUUUUAGUUUAAUCCAAUUUGUUUUUUAUUAUACCUACAUUGAUUUUUGUGAUAUUAAUAAUAUAAUGAUAUUUAAAGACAGAAAAGCUUAAGGAAAAUGAAAUUGAGUUACAUGUUUCUAGAUAAGGGGGGUUUUUUUUUUUUUAUAUCAAUUUAAAAAUAUUUUUUAUUAUAUGAUACUACUGUCUAAUUAUUGCAUUUACUUUAUUCAUCAAAUUUAUUAAUAAAAACUCAGUUUCGAUAUUGUAUACUCUUUAAAUAUUUUUAAAUUAAAUAUUAUUAUUUUUUUCUUUUUUAAAUUUAUGAAGGUGUAUAGAAAUUUAAAGUAAUCCAUAAUUAAAUUUAAAGUUUUUAUAUUUUGAAAUCUUACAAGUUUAUCAAUAAAAAAUAAAGUAUAUAAAUUAAUUUUGAUACAUUUUUUUAUUGAAAAAUUGUAAGUAAGUGUACUUUAACUGUAUUUAAACAUUGUAAUUAUUAUUGUUAUUAUUAUCAUUAUUAUCAUUAUUAUUAUUACUUGUAACUCAUCAUCAUUUAUCAGGCUCACAAGUCUUCAUAGUAUGUAUAGAUAAAAAUUUAUAGCUGAACAAAUAGAUGUAAUAGAAGUAAUGUGGCUUUGUUUAUCUGAAUAUGAAGUGUAUACAUUGAAUAAACUUAUAUAAUAGUUGA